AUGCCGUUGACCAGAAAUUACGAUGAUCAUGUUCCGGACGACGUACUCAAGAGGGUCAACGAAGCGCCUGGCAAUAUUACUCGACUACGCUGCCUCAUUGACAACAUCGAGUGUCGCCAUGUGGUUGAUUAUGCCCAUGUCGUGUCACACGCAGAUGGCAAGAAAAACGAGCUGAUGUCCAGUCUCGAGUGUUCUUGGGGUAUCGAACCGGGAACGCUAAAUCAUAACUCCCAUCGUAACAUCUUUCGACAUAUGAGACAGGUUGCGAUCCAUAGAAGGGUCGAUGACAUGGAGAUUAGCUCUGCAAGUGCUUUCAAGACAUAUGUUUAUCCAUACGAGGACUUCCCAACCAUCGUCUCUCAUGUUCAUCCCCGUUUCGUCAUUUUCAACACUGGACAGAAACUAGACAAGUUCUCGAAGAUCAAGGCUUUCUUUAAAGGUAACGGAGACGUGGAUAAAAGACUAAAAGAUGUCGUGAAGAUAUACGCUAAUUGGAUGAAACUUAACGAAACCCACGUCAAAUUCAAAAGUACUUUUGCCCCAAGCCGAGUCCAACCUGAUAGAAGGAAGACAUUGAUCACGUCGUAUGCAUAUGCUGAACCCCCGGAACCUCCUGCUCCCUUGAUUCCCGUUCCUCGCCACUUUUGCACACCUCCCCGGUCAGUGAUAUCCGACACCGGAGGCGGUGUGACGUACGACACCCCAGAGAAGCGAGAACAACGUCAGACCCCCAUUAAAGCCAAGGAAAAAGUUGUCGCUGCUGCAGUUUGUCUCCUUGACAAUACUAAUGAUGUCUUGGAGUACGCCCAUGUGUUACCUCGGAAAUCUGAUUUUGCGACAUUAACUAACCUUGAGUAUUCGUGGAACAUGAAAUUCGGUACUUUAAAUGUCAACACACAUCGCAAUAUAUUUCUCCCCUCCACCAUACAAAUAUAUGCUAGUCGUCAACAGCACAUAUUUCCAUUCCCUGGAUUUCCUACCGUCACCUCGCACGUUCAUCCUCGUUUUGUGCUAUUCAAUGCUGGGAGCAAGAUCGCGAAUGGCGCUUCGGCAAUCGAUUACGAGGACAACAACACACCUGGGCUGGAAUCUAUCGUGGAAAAGAUCGAUGACAUAUACACAGCUUGGACGACGCGUCGUGCUCCGAAAGAAUUUGAUGCAGCAGGACUUCCAUAUACACCUGCUAAUGAUGAUUACCCGGACGAUCGGACGACCUCUCGGCGAGCACCCCGUUCUGUGAAGCGGACACGGGCCACGACACAACUACCAGCAGAUGCCUCUCCAUCAAAGAAGCAGAAAUCGGGAGGCAGUCAGGAUUGCGCUUAG